AUGCUCAACCACCACCUCGUCACCAAGCAAACCAAACCCACCGGCAUCCUCGUCGACAAGAUCUACGUCGCCGAAAAGGUCGCGUACACGCAUGAAUACUACCUCUCCCUGACCAUCGACCGUGAAGCCGGCUGUCCCGCCCUGAUCGUCUCGCGCGCGGGCGGCACGGACAUCGAAGCCGCCGCGACGCAGGACCCCAACAGCGUGGCGACGCUGCGCCUCAACUUCCUAGAGGAAAGCAUCAGCGACGACGUCAUCCUCGCCGUGGUGCGCACGCUGCAGAUCGACUCGGCCGAGGUGUCGCGGCUGCGCAAGCUGCUGGACAAACUGUUUGAGCUGUUCAAGGCCAAGGACGCAACGUUGAUCGAGAUCAACCCGCUCGUGCGCACGCCCGAGGGGAGGUUUCUGUGCCUCGAUGCCAAAUUCUCGUUUGACAAUGCCGCGGCGCCCAGGCAGCGGGAGCUGUUCAAGCUGGAGGAAACGGGGGCGCGGGAUGCCGACGAGAUCGAGGCCGAGAAGUCCGGCCUCGUGUAUAUCCGGCUGGAUGGGAAUAUUGGAAACGUGGUCAACGGUGCGGGGCUGGCGAUGGCGACCAACGACGCCAUCUCGUACUACGGCGGAGCAAGCGCGAAUUUCCUCGAUGCCGGCGGCCAGGCGACCAAGGAGACCAUGGUGGAUGCGUUUCGCAUCAUCCUGCGGGAUGAGCGCGUCAAGGUCAUCUUGGUGAACAUCUAUGGCGGCAAGUCUCCUCUCCGUAUCAUCCGCUGCGAUAUGAUCGCCGAGUCCAUCAUCGCAGCCGCCGACAAGCUCGGCCCACUGCGCGUGCCCAUCGUGGUCAGGCUGCAGGGCACGAACGCGGAGCAGGGGCAGAAAAUGAUCGCCGAAUGUGACCUGAAUAUCGAGGCCGCGGCGGGGUUUGGCGAUGCUGCGAAGCGCGCUACGGAGCUGGCAGCUAAUGCAUCCUGA